GUUUCAGCGAAGCAGACAAUAUAAAUUCCAGAGAAUGCUGCGGCCUACGGAUGAGGUUCAUGCGGCCUACCAUUGUUACAUGUAUGUUACAUGUAUGUCGGUCCGGAAAAUGGAACCAACAAUUGACCAACACCGAUAAUCUCUAUCUGAAUACGAUCUUGCACGCAUGAGAGAAGUCUGUCAGACGCCACCAGCAUCAAAAUUAUCAGAGCGAUCGACCAAAAUGGAUGAAGAGUUGCAGGGCAUAUCCGCAGAUACACAUAGUCGGAGCGAAGGAUCCGAUUUUACCAUUGGAAGCAUACCAGAAUCGCUAGGUUGCCAGCAGGGUCCGGAAAAUAUCAACUACCUGACAGGAGUACGAUUUUGGCUUGUCGUUGUCGCGUGAGUCUUUAGCAAAAAGGAUAUGAUCGCAGGUUUCCUAACUAUGGAAUAGAAUCGCAUCAUCACUAUUCUUGACCAAUUUUGAGAUUCCAAUUGUCACUACAUCCUUAGUCGCCAUCACCAACGAUUGGGAGGGUUUGAGAAUGUAG